GUAUGUAAACAAUUACGCGCGCUAUUCAACUGUAGAACCUUUUUAAUCUGUGCUUGUAAAAUGAAAAGAAUAUUAUGUCUGUGGCUCACAUUAGAAUGUAUUUUGGGCCAGGGUUUGGCGCCUCUUGAGCUUAAUAUUCCUAUAAGUCCGGGUAUCGUCAAUAAUCCUUCUAUACCGAUACCAAACUUACCGUCUGGAGUGACAUUGGAUAGGAAUCUUAUUCCAGGGAACUUAGUUGAUCUUAUCAGAGGUGGUUCUGGUUCUGAAGAUGGUGCUGCUGACGAAUACGAAGAAGGCAUAGAAAGACCGUGCAGAGUCUUCGAUCUGAACUGCAUCAGACGAUAUUUCUCCACCCAUGGGAAGUGCAAAGAGGUCUAUGGGCCUGUCCCAGAUCCAUUGUAUAGAGCACAGUCAACAGAUCAUCUUCCUAGAUUGAAUAUAUCUUACACUGGCUAUGAUAUAACCUAUAGAGGAGAAAAUGGCCUGAUUGAGGAGUUUUAUAUUAACAAAAAGACGGACAGACUCUUACUAGCUCUUCAGCUGCGUAAUUUCAAUGUUCUGAUUAAUAAGUUCUACUUAAGGUUUCAACGACGAGGUAGAGAGCCGGUGGUAAGGUCGACCACUCUGAACGCUACGUACUCGGCAAUGACAUUGACCAUACUGAUACCGAACUUGAAGGAUCUACAAUUUGACAAAAGUGAAGUAUUUACAUUCAUCGAAGACGCAAGUCCGCCGUUUACAAUUGAUCCAACUAUAUUUUUAACUCUAGAUCCUACAGUUCUACAAGCUUUAACCGAGUUUCUAUUGGCGGUUCCCAUAAACGAACAGGAAGGCUUCUUCAAAGAAUCAAUUUACUAUGUAACGAGUUAUAUUCAGUACGCAAUUUGUGACUUUGGAUAUAAGCUCUUUUAGCUAAAUUAAUAAAAUCAUAUUCGCUUUCCUUUUAA